AGAUUGUUAUCACACGUAUAUAAAAACUACUAUUUAAGGAAAAAAUAUAUUUUUGUUUGUUUUUAAAAGCAAAUUGGUCCUCCAGAAGAUGCUUCAAUACAUUUUAUUAUUUAAGUUUGUGUAUUUUGUGGCAUCUAGUGAUGUUCGCUUAAAAAUAGCUGAUGAUGUGGUCUCAUGCGAUGAUUUUGACAAUGACGAACUAGAAGUAGAUCUAAAACUGGCACAAUCAAAGGGAUGCGGACCCAAACUUAUGGGAUUGAGUGGAGUGAUGCGUGUAAUGGAGGAACUAGAAGAUGAACAUACAGUAGAAUUAAGCGUAUAUAAAGAUACAGAAGUUGGUAAAGAGAUGUUGUUUACAACAAAGACGAAUUUAUGUGCUAGUAUAAAAGACGACAAUGCCCCAUGGUUUCCCGUAGUAGAAAAAAUGGCUAUUACAUCUUGUCCCAUAGAAAUAAAAGAUUAUCCAAUGCAAAAUAUUCUGCUGGACCUUAACGAUUGCGUAAAUGAUAUGCUGACAGAAGAGAACUGUGGAGUGUAUGCUAUAGAGAUAGCGGUCACCGCGAAGGGGCAAAAAAUCUCGUGUCACAUGUUGGCGGUAGAAAUGUACGAGUACGAAGGCGAGGAUGAUUCCGAAGAAGACAGCGGGGAUGACUGUGAAGAGUGAAAUCAAUAAAUAGUUUACAUUACAUAAAA